AUGAUUGGUUCAGCCAAUUUUGGACUAGCAGCGCUCCGGGAAGCUGAAGCGGAGCGGAAGCACGUUCCGCUCCAGGGUUUCCCAGCUGUAGCUGGUCAGAACUGCACUGCAAGAUAUGGCCAGGGCCUCUUUUUAUUUCACACUGCGCUCCAGCUCCAUUGUCUGGAUGAGCAUAACAGCGAGCUAUGUUCGGGAAAACUGACCUACGGGGCCAGGCUACUAAUACAUGACCCUAAUAGGCAAACCCCACCACCCAAAUUGGAUAACUUCACCCCAAUCAAUCCAAUCAUGGCAAACAAUUCCCCUCCCUCAUCAUCACCACACACCAUUUCUCACCCCUUGCAACCAGGCUCUAUGGAUGACAUUAGCAUAAAUGGAGUUCCCUUUGAUCUAGACUUCAUCUACCAUCCACAUCCCAUACCAUAUAUCUAUUCCAACUAUCUUGAUACUUUAUCUCCUGAUACACCUCAAAAGAUGCCUAUUCAAUCUCGACUAUCAUCCUUCAGUCCUUCCAACACUCCAUCAUCAGCCACUCAGCCCCAACGUACAGGUAAACAACCCUCCAACCCAAGUAUGGUUUUGCCAUGCCCUGAUGGCAGACAGUGA